CCCUUCUCGCUUGUCCAGCGACCUCGAAUGCUCAAUAUCGAAGAAGCCUCGUGAAAUUUACUCGUGCACAUCUUGUGAACUCUUUCUUCCUGGACCUUUUUGUCAACAAGACUUUUUGUCUUUGUCAUCUCUAUAAGCUCUAAACCGCUUUUGAGACAAACGACGAUGUCAGUAGCUGUUACUGAAGUUAAAGAACCUGAACAGGUUCAUGAGCCCAUCGGAGAGAGGGAUGAAGCUGUCGGCGCUGUCCCUGCUGAGUCUGCAAGCAAGAAAAAGAAGAAGAAGAAAAACAAAGGAAACGCAGCUAACGCAAAUGGUGAAGCAAAUACUCGUUCUGAAAAGGACGAACCGCCCGUUGAAGAAGAAAAGGAAGAAGAGGACAAAGGGGAUGAAGCUGAAGGUGAGGAGGGAAAGAAAAAACGCAGGAAGCGCAACAAGAACAAGGGCAAAAGCACUUCCGGAGGUCAAACUGACCCACCGUCCAUUCCCAUAGUGGAAUUGUUCCCAGAGGGAAACUAUCCCAAGGGGCAGGAGAUGGAAUAUGGUGUGGUCGAGGAUGGCCGGAAUGCACUUAAUAGACUGACACUUGAGGAGAAAAAGGAAGUUAGCACCAAGGAGGAGGUGCAUGAACAAAUGUACCAAGAGGCUCGACUUGCUGCUGAAGCUCAUCGUCAGACUCGACAGUAUAUUCAGCGUUGGAUUAAACCGGGAAUGACUAUGACCCAAAUUUGCGAAGAGCUGGAGAACACUGCUCGUAAGCUAAUUGCCGAAAACGGGUUGAAGGCAGGACUUGCUUUCCCCACUGGCUGUUCACUUAACUUCUGCGCUGCUCACUACACUCCAAAUGCUGGUGACACCACCGUUCUGCAGUAUGACGAUGUCUGCAAGAUUGAUUUUGGAACUCAUAUCAAUGGCAGGAUCAUUGAUUGCGCUUUCACUCAAACCUUCAAUCCAAAGUACGACAAGCUCAUUGAGGCUGUGAGAGAUGCCACGAACACUGGCAUUAAGGAAGCUGGUAUUGAUGUGCAAUUGUGCCAUAUCGGAGCUGCAAUCCAGGAGGUCAUGGAGUCUUACGAAGUGGAGCUCGAUGGCAAAACUUACCAAGUGAAGUCAAUAAGAAACCUAAAUGGCCAUUCCAUUGCUCCCUAUCGAAUCCAUGCUGGCAAAACGGUGCCCAUAGUCAAGGGCGGAGAGGCUGUUCGAAUGGAGGAGAACGAAUUCUACGCCAUCGAGACUUUCGGGUCUACUGGCCGUGGCGCUGUCCAUGAUGACAUGGACACUUCUCAUUACAUGAUGCGUUUUGACCAAGGAUUCAUUCCACUACGACUGGCUUCGUCUAAGUCCCUGCUGAAUGUAAUCAAAAAGAACUUUAGCACACUGGCCUUCUGUAAGAGGUGGCUGGAUCGUCUGGGCCAAAGCAAGUAUCAGAUGGCCCUGAAGGACCUGUGUGACAAGGAGAUCGUUGACGCUUAUCCUCCACUGUGCGACAUCAAGGGAUCGUACACAGCCCAGUUCGAGCACACCAUUGUUCUGCGCCCCACCUGCAAGGAGGUCAUCAGCAGGGGCACAGACUACUAAUUCCGGGACUGAUUUGAAAGUUCAAUUUCCUCACAAGUUUUGUAAAAGCAAUCGAAACAUAAAUAAGAACCCUCAUUUUUUAAAAGCAGUAGAAAUUAUUCUAAAUUGAUCUUGAAUUGAAUUGUCCAACCAAACUAAGUUGUUGAACUAUGGAGUAUUAUGAGUUUUCUAAGAUUAAAUUGUAUGCUUUCUUGUUCUUUGCAUCGUGGCUCCACCUGGCGGCCUAUUAUGUGUUAAUCUCGCCUGAUUAGAAACCACUUUGCUGUUUCCCUCUUUUUUUUUUUGUUACAUCACAACAGAUAUAAAUUCCAGACUUGUUUUUCUAAAGCAUUUCUUCUUGUUGGCCUACAGAGUGGUCUUUACGAGUUCAUCGAGGUGAUUUUGCUGGCUGCUAAACAGUUGCCCUUAUUUGUUUCUCUGUAUCUUACUAGGAAGCCAAUAAAGCUUGGUUGUCAAAUCGUAAAAAAAAUAA